AUGUCUGCCGAUACUAUCACCAACCCCCCCACAACUGGAGAGUCAAAGAGCGCUCGCAAGAAGCGCGAGAAGGCCGAAGCCGCCGCCGCUGCUCAAGCUGCCAGCCAACCCCAGCAGGACAGCGAUGGCCAGAAGACCCCCGAAAUCACAGAGACCAAUGGCGACUCGUUUGAGAGCUCUCACAUGAAGGAACUGCAGAAGAACCUCCGCAAUGUGAACAAGAAGCUCAACUCCAUGACCAAGUUGGACUCGAUCCUCGCCGAGAACCCCGACAAGUCCUUGGACGAACUCCUCGCUUCCCGCAAGAUCAACGCCGACCAGAAGGCCCAGGCCUCGAAGAAGCCCGCUCUCCAAGCCCAGGCUGCCCAGCUCGAAGAACAGAUUGCCCAGUACAAGAAGGUUGAUGCCGACUACCAGUCGCGCAUGUCUGCCCAGCACUCACACCUUACUUCGACUCACCAAUCCGAGAUUGAGAAGCUGAAGGCUUCCGUCAAGGAGGAACACGAGGCUGCGCUCAAGGCCGUCCUGCGCGAGAAGCUCCUCACAUUCAGCCAGUUCCUCAGAGCUGCUGCUGCCAAGCGUGUUAUCGAAGAAGAGGCCGACACAGACGAGUCUAAGGCAUUCGAAGGUGCUCUGUUGCUGGUCUACGGAGGUGACGACAAGGCUGUUGAUGCUGCCUUGAGCUUGAUCGAGGGCUCUGACGAGCAAGUCCCUUCGGUUGAGGGUGAACUGUUGCCUAUCAAGUAUUCGCAAGUCAAGCAGGCCGCUGUUGGCUUUGGCGCAUUCCCCGGCGAGGAGACCGCCCAAGAGGAGGCCCCUGUUGAGUCAACAGACGCUACCAACGUCCAGCCCGAAGACACUAUCCCUUCGAGCGACCCCACCAUUGCACACGCUGGCCUCACCGAGUUGGGCAUUAACCAGUCCGCUGAGGAGGAGAAGCCUAUCGUAAUUGCCGACGCCGAGCCUCAGUCUAUCGCCGAGGCCUCUACCGGCGACGAGUCGGCCAACAAGUCCGCCGAGACACAGUGGGACAACGCCGCUGCCACAGCCGGCACCGACCAGGAGCUGGACGACUCCUACGAGAUGGUCCCCCGCCCCGCCGACGAGACCGAAGCUGUCCAUGAACCCGCCCAGCCUCAGUCGACCAGCUCUUGGGCCGAUCAGACAUCCGCAAACGCCACUGCUACUGAGGCCGCUGCCGAGAACAACAACGCUACCAACGGACUCGCAUCGACCGACGCUGAGGGCUUUCAGUCUGUUGAGAAACGUGGAGGAAGAGGUGGCCAACAGGGACGUGGAGGCCGUGGACGCGGUCGCGGUGGACAAGGCCGUGGCGGUCAGCAACGCGGCAGCUUCAGAGGUAGGGGACAAGCUCGUGGUCGUGGCCAAGCUCCUCAGCCUCAAGCAUAG